UGCAGUUUUGCUAACAAUGCAGCAGCCUCUGUUGCGUUUUUUUCCCCCUUUAAUUUCUGUCUCCAGUUACACUUAUGCAGUCUGCCCUGUAACCGGAAGUGUCCGCGUUAAAAAACGUUCCCGUUCCCUCAACAGAUCCCAGUUGACUAACAAUGGAUCAUAUUGUUACACAGAAAGCUCUGGAGAAAGAAGUGGCGAUGCUGAUAUUGGAGAAGGAGAGACUCGUUCAGACCAUCCAGGCCACAGAAAGAGAGAACUUGGCCUCACUUAAAAUGGAGCAAGCGCUCAAGGAAGAGCUUAAAUCGUUGAAGCUGGAAAAAGCUGUGGUCCUAAAAGAAUUGGAAAAAAAACAGGAGACCAAGAAGGAUUUGCAGGAGCAACUUGUGGCGAAAACAGAGGCUGUGGAACGCUACAAAGCUCAGAUGGAAAAGGCUGUGAGUCAUUACAAUGACAAGAAACAGCUUCUCCAGGAGAGCCAAGAGGAAGUGGCCAAGCUGAAGCACACCCUGGGAGUAAAAGAGCGAGAAGUGAACGCCAGUGGUACGGAGCUCAAAUUGCUCCAGCUGCAAUUGGAAAGGGCUCAAAGCAAGGAAAAGGACAUGCUGAGAAAGCUGGCCCGUUUGGAGGCACAGGCGGCCUUUUCUGACCUCAACCUGCAUGCACACAAUCAAAUCCACGACCGUCAAGGAGAAACAUCGGCGAUGUGUUACCUGGAACUUUCAGACGUGAACUCAAAGGUUCUUAAAGUGGAGCCAAAGAGAAUGAUGAGCUCAGACAGUCUCGACCAAAGCUCCCUCGAAGACUCGCUGAACAGCCCAAGGAAGCUUUCGGCGCCGGCUGAAUGGAGCACGCCACUUGUCCGUAGUUCUGAAAGACUGGCGGCCAAACGGCGUGGUCUGAAGGCCGAGUCACUGGAAACGCUUGAUUUUACACCAAGACACAUCCCCAGAGCAACUGCAGAAAUCAAAACAAGAAAGGAUCUCCCCUACUUAAAUCCAUCGUCGUCUGUCAAAAGACGGAGGACGACACGGGUUAUAAACAUAACCAUGACAAAGAAAACUCCAUGUGGCGUUGAACAUGAUGAGACGUUCUACAGCCUGGCUUCAGCUCACUCCCAGCCCAACCUCUCCGGUGUCCGUGCCGCACGCCCUGCUGCGUUCAUGGAGCGCCCCGACACGCCGCCGAAAAUGACCGGAGUUGUCAGCGACCAGCUCAGCGGUCUUCCUGGUUACCGGCGGAGCACGAUCCAUUCGCAGACCACAAGUACGUUUUGCGUCGGGUCAGAGAACGAGCCAGAAGAUGCGCCUGAUGAUUGGAUGAGGAUUGCUGAGCUCCAGGCCAGGAACAAAGCUUGCCUUCCUCAUCUCAAGAGCAGCUAUCCUGUCGAGUUUGAGACUGGCUUCAAGACCGCACUAACGUUCACAGACGAAGAUGUCCGCACUGGUGACCCAACGGAGACCAUCCGUCGAGCAUCCGUCAUGCCGGGCCACCUGCAAGAAUCCGUCGCUUCACAUCGCCGCUCCCUUGCGGCGCCACACUCGAGUAGCACAUCCAGCGUCCGCUCUCACCGUCUAGCCAUGAUGGCGGGCUACCCACCACCAUAUAAAUCGGUCAGCUCAUCUCAGCCGAAAAGCCCGAGAUGCUCAAAGAGGUCUGCGUCCACGUUGUCUGUUACUCGGACUUCACCUGAGGUUGACCGCAGGCAGUCCAUGAUGUUCACCAUCGACAACACCCCUAAGAACAGCAGCAGCUACCUCAAAAGGGGCCUGAAUAAACUCCGUAGCUCCACCUGCAAGUCACCAGACAAAACCUCCAAGAAAUCUCCCGCGAAGACCACGCACAAAGAUAAUAAACAGGCCCCCACUUCUCGUGCUGUGGCGGGUCAAGCGGGCCGAGAGCGAAGCUUCAAGUCACCCCAAGUGGUCUACAAAGAGAACAAGAAGACGUCUCGAACUUUUGGCAAGUCUCCACGGUUAACGGAAACCGCUCGUAAGGUAAGAACAUGGUCUUUGAGGUAGAGAUCGAUAAAGGAAUUCCUACCUACUCAGUGAUUUUAUCUGGCUCAUCAUUUGUAUUCAAAUCCUGGAAGUGUUUUUGGUGUUCAUGGUGAAUCCUAAUCCAUUUUUUCAGGAAUGAGUCCCGUCAAUUACAAAAAUCUUCCUGGAAGAAUGACGAGGUCUAUGAUCAAUGAAAAGGAUUGGCUGCUGCUUUUAGUUUCCUGUACUUGUUUGUGGCAUCUGGUGGUUGGCUCACAAUAACAAACUGCUGAUCAAGUUACUGGGUGUAAGUGGGUGUAAUAUAACAUGAUGGUGCUAUUUAAAUGUUGUGCACUUGUUUUUUUAUGAAUUCUAAUAUUUUUCAUUAUUAUUCUAGGUUGUUGAAUUGAUGAAAAACUUGUUCAGUUGAAUUUUCAUUCUAUGCACUUUUAAUUUUUGACCACUACCUUCUUGUAAUGGUUCGUUUAGUAUUGUCUUAUUAGUUGUCCAAAAAAUUUGUCUAUGUAAAGAUUUUAAACAUUACUAGGUUGUUGAAUUGAUGAAAAACUUGUUCAGUUGAAUUUUCAUUCUAUGCACAUUUAAUUUUUGACCACUACCUUCUUGUAAUGGUUCUUUUAGUAUUGUCUUAUUAGUUAUACAAUAAAAUUGUCUAUGUAAAGGUUUUAAACAUUACAAAUACAUCCGUUGAUUACAUUUUCAGUGAGUCCAAUCUUUUAGUCAGUCAAGGCACAUUAAAUU